GCCGCUGCCAGCAGAACAGUAAAGCCCCAUGCCUGCCUGAAAGCAGCAGCACAGCGUGGGUGUAUGCCUGUCACCCGUGUCAACAGUAGAGGGAAGAAGAAGAGACGUAGAGGAGGAAACCAGAAAAUAACGCUGCAGCAGACAUGGACUUGCGGUCUGAGCUGCUUAAAUCCAUCUGGUAUGGUUUCACAGCCCUGGAUCUGGAGAAGAGCGGGAAAGUGUCCAAGUCUCAGCUGAAGGUAUUGUCUCACAACCUGUGCACAGUCUUGUGUAUUCCACAUGACCCCGUGGCUUUGGAGGAGCACUUCAGGGAUGACGAUGAUGGCCCAGUUUCCAGUCAGGGUUAUAUGCCUUACCUCAAUAAAUACAUCCUGGAUAAGGUUGUGGAAGGUUCUUUUAUUAAGGAAAACGUAGACGAGCUCUGCUGGACUCUUACUGCGAAGAAAAACUACCAGCCAGACCGAAGCAGCAGCACCAUUUUACCAGACAAAGAUGCUUUUCGUCUCUGGUGCCUUUUUAAUUUUCUCUCUGAGGACAAGUACCCUUUGGUUAUGGUUCCCGACGAGGUGGAGUACCUCCUCAAGAAAAUAUGUAUGGCUAUGAGUAUUGAGUUCAACUGUGUCGAGUUAGAGGACUUCUUCUCUCAAGACUCAGUGCAGCAGAGUGGAAUUACUGUUUGGACGUUUCUAGAGAUGAUGAACUCCGGGAAGGUAACCAGAGGAAUUGAUGCGAGCAUCAUCAGCAUGGCUAUAGAGGAAGUGUACAGGGAAAUAGUUGGUGACGUCCUCAAAGAGGGCUAUCUAUGGAAAAAAGGCCAGCUGAGGAGAAACUGGAAGGAACGGUGGUUCACCUUAAAGCCGAGCAACCUGUCCUACUACACUGGAGAGGACCGCAAGGACUGCCAAGGCAAUAUAGCCCUGGAUGAGAACUGCUGCGUGGAGGUGCUGCCAGACCGAGAUGGGAAGAGAUGCAUGUUUUGUCUUAAAACCCUCUCCAAGACGUAUGAAAUGAGUGCGUCAGACACCAAACAGCGACAGGAGUGGACUACAGCCAUUCAAACGGCAAUCAGGCUGCAUGUGGAGGGGAAGAAAUCCCUCCACAAAGAUCUGAAGCUUAAGCGACGUGAACAGCGUGAGCUUCGGGAAAAAAGGCGACAGGCUAAGGAGGAGGAGCUGCAGAGGCUGCGGGCCUUGCAGGAGGAACGGGAGCGCAAGCUGGCGGAACUGGAGCUCCUGAAGGAGGCGCAGAAGCAGGCUCAGGCUCUCCUGGAGCAGGAUGAGCAGAGGAGGCGCCAGCAACACGAACAGCUUCAGCGUGCCCUGGAGAUUCAGCUCCGUGAGGCUGAGGAGGCCCGAGUCAGUAUGCAGGCAGAGAUGGCUUUGAAAGAGGAGGAAGCAGAGAGGCAGAGGAAGAGGAUCCUGGAGUUGGAGGAGAUGCAGAAACGUUUGGAGGAGGCGCUGCAGCAAGAGAUUAAAGCCAGGCUUGAUGAGGAGGCCUUCCGCUAUGCUCAAGCAGGGUUGUUGGCUGAGGAGGAGGAUAAAAUGAAGGCUCUGAUGAACCUGCAGGAGGAACAGGAGGAGUACAUUGCGAAGACACAGAGGGAGAAGCAGGAGCUGAAGCAGGAAAUGGAGGCCAAAUCCCGGGCCCUGGAGGAGGCGCAGAGACAGCUGGAGGAGGUUCGAGCCAACCGGCACAGAGUUGACCAGGACGUUGUGGCCGCCCAGAGGAAACUUCGGCAGGCGAGCACCAACGUCAAACACUGGAAUGUCCAGAUGAACAGACUGAUGCGGCCGAUCGGACCUGGCGAGAAGAGACCAUCGCUGGGAAGCUCCUUCACGAGCUUCCAGAUCCCAACGCAGCGAGACCCCGGGCUGCGUCUCAGGAGUUCGGGAUCGGGGGAUCGGGAGGAGAGCAAAGAAAAUGUUGACAGCAGAGCUGGAUGUGAUUUAGACAAACGUCACUCUCAUGCAUCUAAUGGCGACAUGGAUAUCCCCUCUGCUGAAUCAGCUGCAACAGGAACCAUGGACGGGUUUCAACAAACUGCCCCAGAGGAGCAUGACGGGGUGAACGGCUACUGUGAGCCAAAGUGCCCCCAGGACGCAGCUGACGUCAGGUGGACGCCACCGCAGGCAGAGUCUGUAGGCUCAGACAGUUGUGGUGCGACAAGCAUCUCCGAGGUGGCAGAUCUGAAAGAGUUAAAGCGCAGGGAGAGUGAAGAUGAGGAGGAAAAGGAGGAGAAGGAGGUAGUCCCUGCUUCUAAAUACCCGAAAAGGGACCAGAAGAAGAGACGGAAAGAAGGGGAAGAUCAGGAGAACAGUGGCAACAAGAAAAACAGCAGCGCAUCAUCGAGCUACACAGACCUGUCCCAUACCUCAUCACCUUCGCUCUCAGAACAGCUGCGUUUGGGCCAAGAGGACAGCACAAGCUCCGGGAUCAGUGUGGAGUGUAAGGUCUGCGGGGACAAGGCCUCUGGCUUCCACUACGGCGUACAUGCCUGUGAAGGAUGCAAGGGCUUUUUCCGGCGUACUGUGCGGAUGAAACUGGAAUAUGAGCGCUGUGAGCGUUCCUGCAAGAUUCAGAAGAAAAAUCGUAACAAGUGCCAAUAUUGUCGCUUCCAGAAGUGCCUGUCUUUGGGAAUGUCCCACGAUGCAAUCAGAUAUGGACGAAUGCCUGAGGCGGAGAGGAAGAAGCUGGUGGCAGGCAUACUCGCAGAGGAGCUGGACGUCAGCAAACCAGGUGGCUCAGACCUGAAGACUUUAGCCAAACAAGUCAAUACAGCCUACCUGAAGAACCUCAGUAUGACCAAGAAGAGAGCCCGCAGCAUCUUGAUGGGCAAAACCAGCAGCACCUCACCAUUUGUGAUCUACGAUGUGGACACCCUCUGGAAAGCAGAGAGUGGUUUGGUGUGGAGCCAGUUAACUCCAGGUGCGCCUCUGGCCAAGGAGAUUGGGGUUCAUGUGUUCUACCGCUGUCAGUGCACCACGGUGGAGACCGUGCGAGAGCUUACAGAGUUUGCCAAGUGCAUUCCAGGGUUUGUGGACCUCUUCCUUAAUGACCAGGUGACUUUGUUAAAGUACGGUGUGCACGAGGCUAUUUUUGCCAUGCUGCCAUCUCUCAUGAACAAAGAUGGACUGUUGGUGGCCAAUGGCAAAGGCUUUGUGACACGGGAGUUUCUGCGCAGCUUACGGAAGCCCUUCAGUGAGAUCAUGGAGCCAAAGUUUGAGUUUGCUGUUAAGUUCAAUGCUCUGGAGCUGGAUGACAGUGAUCUGGCCUUGUUUGUUGCUGCCAUUAUUCUCUGUGGAGAUCGUCCCGGGCUAAUGAACGUGAAGCAGGUGGAGCAGAGUCAGGACAACAUCCUCCAGGCCCUGGACCUUCACCUCCACGCAAAUCACUCUGACUCUGUCUACCUCUUCCCAAAACUGCUUCAGAAGAUGGCUGACCUCCGUCAGCUGGUUACAGAGAACGCUCAGCUCGUCCAAAAGAUCAAAAAAACUGAGUCGGAGACCUCGCUCCACCCUCUACUACAGGAGAUCUACAAGGACAUGUAUUAGCAGUCUCCAGCACAAACUGCUUUUAGCAAUACUGUUACAGACUGAAUUUUAUAAUGAAACACUGCAUUCAGUACAAGCACUGUAGUACGGGAUGGAUUUCUAAGGUGCAGAUGAGGCAAAUUCACCUGGUAGUGCUAAUACAAUCAGCAGAGUCUUCGCAGUGUCAGCGUAACCCUCAGCACAGUUAUGCGUGUGUUUGUGUGCGCGUGCAUGUGACGAGCAUCUGGAAUCAUUUGCUGCGAGUCCCAGUUUCCCACAACGGUCACGUAACAGGAAGAAUGAUAUGUUUUCUCAAUGAGGCUGCUCCUGUUUCAUCCUGUUAGCGAAGCUGACCCCAGAGCAGUGUGCAGAGGGAGCUCAUCCUCGCUCCCCUCAGCUCUGUGUUUGUGCUGCAAAGGGAAAGCAUUUCACAUUCUCACACCAGUGGCACCGUUCAAACAAACAAGUGAUUGUAUUGUGUUUUCAGACUUAACUGACGGGAGAGAUGCAGCAGCUGGUAUUUGUUUACAUCAUCAUCAUCAUCAUCAUCAUCAUCAUCAUUAUCACUGACCACCACUUUGCCAUUUGGUAUAAAGAACACAAACUGGGCUGGCUCCAGCAGUGUAGAGCUCUCUCUUAAUGCAGCAAUGUGUGCAAUACCAUUUUGCCAUUUGUCAAUAAAUGUGAGAUCCAGUUUAUUUAGGUUUUGUCUUAAAGCCAUCUAGCCAAGUGUGAACUGUUGGACUGUGCUGCAAAGAUUUUAUUUCUGAAUCUGACACUAUACACGCAUACAUACAUGACCCAUUGAAGUACAAGGGACAGCAUGUUUUCUUUCUUCCUUUUGAUAUCCAAAAUAUAAUGAAUUUACCAUUUAAAUAUAUUUGUUAGGUUAUUCUUUGUAAUUCUGUAACAAAUUAUUUGUAGUUUUUGAUUGUAUUUCUAAGGGCAAAACAUGAAUUUAUCAACUUGUUUCAUAUAUUAGUUCAUAUGUGUUCUUUCAUAUUACAUGCCUGCCUGUUUUAGUUUUAGACUGUACCAAAUAUAUCACCAAGAAUACCAUCAAACCUCUCCCCAAUGAGGAGUUUGGAUUUUAUGGUUUCAUGUGCAGGAAUUACCUUAAGCCAGCAUUUUUAACCAUGUCAUUAUUACUGGGAUACUUGAUGAAAAUUGAACAUCUUCCAAUAUCGUAGGGUGCUUUUGUAUUGGAGAUAGACACGGUCCUAGAUUAAUGCUCUUUUUAUGUACAGGCUGAUGUGUCUUGAAAGGUGAGGCAUAGAGUGUAAAAGCCUUGCGAUACAGUAGCCAGGAUCCAGACGUUUCUAAUCAUUUCUUCCCCUUUUCUGUUGUUACUGUCCCUGCUGGUGUGAGCACAGGUCUCCUCUUUUGCUCUUAUUCUGUCUUGAUCCCUAUCUACCUCUAAUGUAUGAUCUGUGACAUUAUUCCGCUGUCUCAUCUAAUCCUUGACAUAUAUUAUUUUUGCCUUAAAUUCCUGCUACACAUUGAAAUCCUGAUGUUACUGGCUGGUGUGCAGUGUGCCAAGUUGGCAAAGGAGCAAUUACACCAAAAACAGAAAGGAAAAAAAAGAAGUUGAUGUAAGCUACCUCUAUGCCUGUGUAAGUGAUGGACUGACAUAUUUGUUCAAAACUUGAAAUGAUUUCUUCUUAAUGGUCACAUGUAACCUAUCUGCACGUUUAGUUUAGUGAUUUCUCACGUAUAAACUUGAUUAGAAGCGGCAACGGUGAUUUUCUCGGUUUAUUUUUAUUUUAUUUUUUAUUUUGUUGGAAUUUUUUUUUAUCAUGAGGUGGAUCAUACAACUCUUUCAAGUUGCUCCCUGCUGUGAUUGGCGUCCUUCAAUAAACUCUCUGAAUGGAGUGCGUAA